AUGGACGCCGGCGACCCCUCCACCUCGCUCGCCGUCACCGCGGCAGACGCGCCCCAGAGCGCCAAGAAGAAGCCGGCCCCCAAGCGGUUCAUCCACACCCCGAUCCCGGCCUCCAUCCUCAACGACCCCACCCUCGCCGCCGCCGCCACCUCGCUCCUCCCGGCGGCCUACAACUUCGAGCUCCACAAGACGGCGCACCGCAUCCGCUCCUCCGGCGCGCGCCGCGCCGCGCUGCAGCUCCCGGAGGGCCUGCUCCUCUUCUCGCUGCCCCUCUCCCACCUCCUCGGCCCCUUCCUCGCCGAGGACCCCUCCAACGACGUCCUCAUCCUCGCCGACCCCACCUACGGCGCCUGCUGCCUCGGCGACCGCCCCGCCAAGGCCCUCGCCGCCGACCUCCUCGUCCACUACGGCCACUCCUGCCUCGUCCCCGUCACCUCCUCGCUCCUCCCCGUGCUCUACGUCUUCGUCGAGAUCCGCGUCGACGCGCUCCGCCUCGCAGCCGCCGUCCGGGGCGCGUUCCCGGACCCGGACGCCGCGCCCCGCCUCGCCCUCGCCGGCACCGUGCAGUUCAUCGCCGCGGUGCAUGCCGCGCGCGAGAUGCUCACGCGGGACGGGUACCGCGACAUCGUCGUGCCGCAGGCCAAGCCGCUCUCCGCCGGCGAGAUCCUCGGGUGCACCGCGCCCACGCUGAAGAAGGCGGAGGGGGUGGGCGUGGUGGUGUUCGUCGCCGACGGCAGGUUCCACCUCGAGGCCUUCAUGAUUGCCAACCCUGCGGUGAAGGCCUACCGGUUCGAUCCCUUUCUUGGUGUGCUUGUGCUGGAGGAGUAUGACCAUGUUGGGAUGAAGCAGGCGAGGAAGGAGGCGGUGCUGGCGGCAAGGAAGGCCAAGAGCUGGGGGGUUGUCCUCGGCACGCUGGGUCGGCAGGGGAGCUUAAAGGUCCUUGACCGGGUGGUAGAGCAUCUGGAGGAGAAAGGUUUGGAGCACACGGUGGUGCUCAUGUCGGAGCUCUCCCCGACGAGGAUGGAGCUAUUCGGGGAUUCCGUGGAUGCAUGGGUGCAGAUAGCAUGCCCUCGGUUGUCGAUCGAUUGGGGGGAGGGGUUCAAGAGGCCGGUGCUGACAACAUUUGAGUUUGAUGUUGCACUGGGGUAUGUUCCUGGGUGGUGGGAGAAGGGGAGUAGGCAAAAUGGCAGUGGUGGAGGUGGCAGUGGGUGCUGUUCAGGAUCAGGAACUUGUGGAAAUGGUGAUUGUAGUAGUGGUGAUUGUGGUGGAGAUGAUUUUGGAGGGGAAUACCCGAUGGAUUACUACUCGCAGGACGGGGGUGAUUGGAAUGGCUGCUACAUGAAGAAGAAGGCCUCCACUGGCGAGAGAAAGCCACGAGUUCGAAUCGCAGCAGUGUCCAAGUCGAGGAGAAGCAAUGAAAUGAAACAUCGCUGA